AUGAAUGAAAACAUAAGCCAGCUGCUCACGGCUCCAUCCAAGCCAAUCAUCCUGACAGAACGCACCGACUGGCCAGCUUGGUACAAGGAAAUCCGGCUGGCGUCCAUGUGCAAGAAUAUCUGGCCAUACGUCGACCCUGACACUAAAGACCCCCCAGCUGUGCCGGAUGAACCCGCCCUUCCAGCUUACGGAGACUAUCAGAUAGGCGCUCUGCGGUAUUCGGAUCUGGAUGAAAAGAACAGAGUUGAAUAUGAUCAUGCGUUGCGGAUGUAUCUGUGGAUGAGAGACGAUGUACGACUAAUUCGAAGCGAGGUUGCUUAUAUCGCUCUUGUGAUUGCGACUUCGGUGUCUAAGUAUGCCCGUGGCUUCAUUGUGGAUGAGGAUGAUCCGAGGGAGAUGUUGAGGUUGUUGAAGGGGCCGUUUGAACCUAAUUUUUAG